UCACGACCGAAGGAGCUUGUCAACAUGGGAGGCUCCGGUGGCUGUAGUGGUGGUGCGCCAUUAGGCUUCGGGUCCCUCGGGGCGGGGACAGUGAGGAUCCUGGUGGGCGCCCUUGUCGUAUUCGUCGUCGUUAUCGUCGUCAGCUUGGUCGUCUUCUGGCAAGCGGGCUGUCCUAAGGGAGGGUUCCAGUGUAGUGAUGGCAAAUGUUUACCUCGGAGCCGCUGGUGUAAUGCCGAGGUUGACUGUGACGAUCAGGAGGACGAGCUGGAGGACGAAUGUUUGUUACGUCAGAGCACCAAACCCAGCGAGAAGACUAACUUCCCCAAAUUCAGCAUCACCUUCUGCCACCUGUGUGUAUGCCCACUGCCUUACAAUGUGGAAGACUGUCUCCAGCCUCACAUAAACAAUAAGGGAAUCGUCCAAUGCAAUGUUACCAGCAAUCGAGGCGGACUACAAGCUCCCCAUCAGCCGUCCAAGAGAAGUAUCAGGAGUGUGCAAACCUCUGAUGCUAAGAUGAGUGGUGCAGGGAAGAGACGGGUGGAUAGAACCGAUAAGGAGGACACCAUAGACAGAAAAAAUAAGACGAAUGAUAUAGAGAGAAGUGAAAAGCAGAUGUUGGUUGACUGGGGAAGGCAGAAUAGUAAGCAUGGCUUGAGUAAACCCUUUCACUAUCAUAAUAUAUUUGGCUCGGUAGAAGAACCCAAGUGUGUCCGUCCCAACAUGAGGCAUGAGGGAAAGAGAAUACAGGAAUAUGGUUAUUUGAGGAAAUUACCAUUUAAGAUUGGUCAUCUAUCUUACAAUCGGCCAUUCAAACGUCAACACAAAUCCAGAGUUGCGAGGGACUGCAAGUUUGCUGAACAUACUAAUAAUAUAAGGAACAUAUAUCAACAACCUACACCACGUCGGCUGGCAACUCGUACGCAGGGUGUAGACCACAGUAAUGUUUUUCUUAACUGGAAGGCACGUACUGACAGCCACACUCUUCGUCCCCUACAUACAAGGUCUUUAGAACUCUUGUUUUUUAAAAUCCCACAAAAUCAAACUCAGACUGAACUUACUAGACCUUAUCAAAAGAAGAGUAAAUACACGAAGGCUAUUGAGCUGCUCUAUCACCGUCCAAUACUGGAAGGCCGUAUUGGCCUCCCUGACACUCCAACAAAAAAGUAUGAUCAAAGUCUAUUUCAGUGGAAGAAAAAAGGAAGACUCCAUCUGAUGUACGAUGCAGUACCUGGCGUGGUUGAUCAACCAAAAAAUACGAAAGCCUCUGAAAGAGGGAAACGUGACUUGAAAGUCGGCGUGAGUCGGGCUGGUAGUGGGUACAGUGAGGGUGACAGAAGGUUUCCUCAUGAUAAAGUUCCUGGUCACCAGCAGAAGGAGAAACACCAAAAGGAGACACACUCUGGUCACCAGCGGGAGGAGGUGUAUAAGACUGUGGUCAGUUACCAUCAUGGAGACUCCAAUAUUGGUGAACUGAAUACUGGGCUCUUUAACAAUGAGUUGGUCGUCUACGAUUACAAGACUGGGGAUUACGAUCACAAGACAGGCAGCUACGACCAGGAGAAAGUUAUAGAACAACUGAAGGACAUGUGCUACUGUGAGUUAGACACUCAACUUAAGUGUCCUCACACGGGUCUGGCUCAAGUCCCUCACCGUAUCGUUGGUGGCAUCACUCUGUUGAACAUCAAGGGCAGCGAGGUGUUCAGUCUGGAUGCUGCCGUCAUGUCUCAGUACUCCACACUGACAACACUGUGA